CGCUGUGUGUACCUCCGUAAACGAAGUAGCCAUUCACGGUUUGCCCUCGCAAAAUUGUAUCUUGCGUCCGGGCGAUCUAAUUUCGGUGGAUAUGUCCCUCUACGAUGGACAUGUUCACGGCGAUGCUUGUGUUACAUUUCUUGUUUCUGGUGAAUCAGGACUGACUUCGGCGCAUACAGAAAGAAAUGCUCUCCUGCAAUGUGCUCAGAAGUGCUGUCAAGCUGGAGUCUCUGUCUGUGGUCCCGGUGUCCCUUACCGCCGCAUAGCUGAGGCGGUUUCGCAGACGGCGCUUAGUUGUGGCGAUUUUCGCGUGAUGGCCGGUAUAAAUGGCCACGGCAUCGGAUCCUACUUCCAUGGCCCUCCCGACAUCUGCCACUCUGUUUAUGAAGAGAGACCAGAUGAUGACAAU